GAGCACUUUAAUAGGCACACCAAUCGACAUUUUGGACGAUUUGAAAUUACAACAACGUGGAAAUUUGAACAAAAAUCAGUUAUUUGAGCCGAUGAUUGAGGAUUUUUCCGGCACUACGUUCUUGUUACGAAAAGACGCCAAAAAUUUGACAGAUGACAACCACAGAACAGAAAGGACAACUAGCCAAUCAUGAGCCACCAUUUCCACAAACAGCGCCGCUGCACGUCAACCAUACAAACAACAAUUUUAAAACGACCAAUCGCAAACUUUGUUGUCAAGUCAGUGGCGUACGUAUUUAUUUAUAUAUUUUUUAAUUAAUAGUAUAAAGUGUUCUUCGUAUCACCAACCGGUACUGUAACACAACUAAAUGAUAAUAAAAUCGGUUUUGGAUCAUUUUUUUCAGAAGAGUGUUUUAUUAAAAGACGUUUUUGUUUUGCCACUUUGAGGUUAUGUCAGAUUCACGUGCACCCCCUAAAUCGCCCCUCUCGGAGCAAGAGCGGCUGGAAUUGGCCGCAAAGCUCGACCAAGAAUUGGACGAGUUCAUCGACAGCCUCCCUAAACGUAAACAAGAGGGCCACAUACCCUUUGACAAAUGGGAAGAAGAGAUUACAAACCACCCCUUUUUCAUGAAAGAGAUCCCCGAAGAAGGGACACCGAUGCACCCCCUUUAUGAAGGUCUCCAAAAACUCAAAUACGACCCUGAGGAAAACGAACCUGAAGAACUCGCAAUUGCGUAUAAAGACGACGGAAAUUUCAAUUUUAAACACAAGAAAUACCGAAUGGCUAUUAUUUCGUACACCGAGGGGAUUAGAGCAAAGUGUGGGAAUAGCGAAAUUGAAGCGACACUGUACAAUAAUCGGUCUGCGGCUCAUUUCUUUUUGGGGAAUUACAGAUCAGCACUGCUAGAUGCCGAAACGGCUCUAAAACUGAAACCAGAUUAUGAUAAAGCGUUAGUCAGGGCUGCCAACUGUUGUUACAAGUCCGGGAAGUAUGACAAGGCUGUUGAUUAUUGUGAUAAAAUUUUAGAAAAGAAUAAAGCAAACCAAGAGGUGCAAAAAUUGCGUCAAAUGUCACUAAACGAGAAGAAAAUUAAAGAACGGGACGAACGGAGGCGCGAAAUGGCCGAGAAGAAGUCACAAAAGGAGGAAGAGAUGAUAAUUGGGGAAAUACUCAAACGUGGGAUUAACAUCGAAGGGCGGGAAAAUUUGAAUUUGGCGAAACUUGAGCCCCAAUUUCCGCAACUUUUCAAUAGCCGGAUGACUAUAAAAGAUGGUCGGUUGGUCUGGCCGGUUAUUCUUUUUUACCCCGAGUAUAAAAUAAUGGAUUACAUUCAAGAAUUUGACGAGGGUGACACUUUUUUCGAGCAAUUGUCCCAAGUGUUUGAAACUCGCCCCGAAUGGGACGCCGAGGGCAAAUAUCGCGUCGAAAAAUUGAACGUCUAUUUCGAGGAUGAGAAAAGGCGAAAUAUUCCAGUUGACGUCAGUCGUACAUUAUUAGAAAUUUUAAAAUUAGAAGGCCAUGUAAUACGUGAAGGGACCCCCAAGUUUAUCAUCUUGCCGGCGAAUAGUCGUGUCGAGAAACUAUUCUUGGCUUCGACUUUAUAAAAUUCAUACUGUUAUUUGUGUAAGUAAAAGUCCGGGAAUAGAUGUUUGAAUAAUUUAUUAAA